GAAGUACAGACGAGUCCGAAACACGAGGAAGCACGGAGGAGCGUCAUCAAACUGUCAGCUGCAGAUCAGCUAGAGACGACACUCUUUUGAUCCUUCUCCACGAAAUACAUAAUCUUCAUAACUCUUACAAUAUUAAUACCCGAGUCAAUCGCUUCCACCAUCCCGCCACCGUAACCGCCACUCGCUCCAAAGCUACACAAGGCAUCAGUUAUAUUUAUCUAUCGCCCUCGUAUCUGGCGCGGGGAGCCUCGCCGUCAGCGCCACAUGCGCAUGGCUACAACACCACGAUGUCGAAGCCCAGUCCACUACUCCAGCCCCGCCUCCUCCCAUCCAUGAUUACCACGGGCCUGGUCGCUCUCCUCUUCUUCACAAUCUUCGCGGGGAACCUCGCCCAUGCCGCCGAGCUCGAUUCGAUACUACCCGACGACCACAACCAUGAGCGGUUACUGGACCCCUUUGUGUCGGCGCGCGGGGAGGGGGAGGAUGGCGAGGAUAUGAUAUACCAGGUGGAGUUCACGGGGGGUGGGGAGGAUUUGCACGCGCGGCAGCUGCCGAUGGCGUAUGAGAUACCCAACAAUAUUGCGAGGCCGUACAAUCUGAACCAGGGGGAGACGAUGUAUUUCGUCUUCCUGAACGAGACGGUUUGGGGUCCGCAUGCUCCUGCUGGCAGCGGAUCAACGGGGCUACCGUCUGUUGGAUUAAGUCCGAGAUGGGAGGGUGGGGGUGAGGGGGGUGGACAGGGCGCAUUGAAUACGGCGGAUGGAGAGGAGUCUUCGAUACACAAGAGAGCGAACGCAACGAGGACUGUAUAUAUCACGCUGAAUACCUGCCUCCAGCCCAGCAACGCGAAAGGCUCCAGUGGCCCCCAAGGGCCUCCGCCUCAGUUAACAAUGUACGUGGGAGACAACCAGACAGCGCUCGGAGCCUCCCAACCCGCCGACGGCCAACUAACAGUGGCCGCCGAAUUCGGCUUCGCAAACCUCACAUUCGACGCCAGCAAAGACGUCUACAUCGCCGUCAAGGCCCCCAACACCACCGAGUACGAAGGGGUCUACAACGUCGAAGUCGGCGUCUCCAUCGACGCCCCCUUCCACUCCUACAGCGGCGACGCCGCCGACCUCUUCUUCAUCGACAGCGACUCCAGCUCCGCGCUCCUCGCCACCAAAAACCUCACCCUCGACAACUCCAGCAGCCCCGUCUACCAGAAAUGGAUGCAGCUCUCCCCGCCCCCCUACGUGAUCUUCGCCAACCAGCAAAACCAGAUGUCGAUCCAGGGCGUGUCGCGCUCGUACUGCGGGCUCGAGAACUAUGCGCAGAUCGCGGGCACGCAGAAGGGGCUGCGCACCGAUAUGGUCAAGACGAUCAUGACGAAUGUCACCCUGGGGACGCACCCGAAGCAGCAGUUUUACUUUCAGGGGCUGAGUGCUAGUUCGCAGUAUUAUGGGAUUUUGGCGUUGCCCGGGAAUGCGACGGAGAGAGCGCCGGGGGGUGGGGGGCGCGUUUGGCAGAGUAUGAAUUUUACUACGCAGUCUGACGGCAACUGCGCAAUCCUCUUCAACCUCACCUUCUGCUCCGACGUCUCCUACGCCGUCCCCGGCAACCCCACCACCUUCCCCACCCUCACCUCGCUAGCGGAAUUCUACGACAACGCCGCCGCAUCCGCGUACUCCAACUUCGCCAAAGCCCUGCAGCAAAUCCCCUGCGAAAUCCCAAACACCGGUCAAUACAGUCUAGUCCGCAACUGCGACCACUGCGCCGCAGCCUACAAAGCCUGGCUGUGCAGCGUCACCAUCCCGCGGUGCCAGGAUUACAGCCGUUCUGACCCCUGGUUACAGCCGAGGAACGUGGUGCAGCCGUUUCCCAACUCAUCGAUGCUUCAGGACUCUAAUUUCCUCGCUGCCAGCCAGGAAAUUCUUUACUUGAACUCGAGCAGGAAUCCGGCGAUCGAUGAGAUCGUGAAGCCGGGGCCGUAUAAGGAGAUCCUGCCGUGUCUGGAUAUGUGUUAUAACCUCGUCCAGAGCUGUCCGGCGGCGAUGGGGUUUGAGUGUCCCGGACCGGGGAAUGGAGGGUUCGCGAGUAGUUAUGGAAGGAGGCCGAAUGGGAGUAGUAGUGAGGAUGGGCAGAUUACUUGCAAUUACCCCGGGGCGGCUUAUCAUCUUAGUGUAUAA